AGGGAAGAUUGAAAGUGACACAGUCUGAUUAGAUCCGGUCCUCUGCACGGUUUAAAUCCCGUUAUUUCUGCGGCUCAAACUCCGCCGUUUGCGUUUCGGUUCGCUUUGUGUUUUGCGCUCUCUCUCUCUCUCUCUCUCUCUCUCUCUCUCUCCACGACUAUUUGUCUUCGUUCCGGCCGUGUCGCCUUGUUUGCGCUUUUCCUUCCCUGUGGAUGAAGCCAUGACUUCAAAGGAGAGCAGAGUUUUGCCAUAAGUAAAUGCGGACAAAGGGAGGACGAAGUAAGUGCUGACUGCGUUAAAUAAUAAGUUUGUGCGCGCGCUCCGGUUCGACAGAAGAGUCCCAGAGUCCAGGACAAACCGCUGCUGGUGUUGACAAGCCUCUUUCCGCCACUUCUUCCCCACAGACGCGCAUCCACCACCUCUCCACACUCACUCCGCUACUUUACGCGCUGCCCCACGCGCACACACACGCAAACACGUAGAAAACCGAACAUUUUUCUAAUUUGUGGAUCCGGCUCCGAGUCCAGAUUCAUCACAGUACCAGCGUCCGUCGUGUCCAGGAGCCGAACCAAAACCCAGCCCUGGAUUCAAUACUACUGAUCAAUGGACAGAGCCUCCUCAGCGGCCAGCAGCGCUACAGACACGCCGUAAACAACUCCUUCUCGCUGGCUGGAGCUCCUCUAGGAGUGUGGAGGAGGAUGGACAGAGGAGGGGAGAGUCCCAUCACCCAGGACAGUCCUGAGCGGAGGGCAGGCAGCCCGGACCUCUGCAGCCUGCCGCCGCCGGGGAAGAAGGGGCGUGUGGAGCUCAACGGGAGCCCCACCGGCCCACGCAUCCGCCACAACGGAGCGCCGUCGAGACCCCUGGGAGGUCUGAUGAUCCCGGUCUUCUGUGUGGUGGAGCAGGCGGACGGAGGGAUGCAGGCGGACGGAUGCGAGGGCCGCGAGGAGCACGCCGAGUUCGUGCUGGUCAGGAAGGACAUCCUCUUCUCGCAGCUGGUGGAGACGGCGCUGCUGGCCCUCGGCUACUCGCACAGCUCAGCCGCUCAAGCCCACGGCAUCAUCAAGGUGGGACGGUGGAACCCGCUGCCUAUCCACUUUCUGACCGACGCUCCAGAAGCCACAGUGGCCGACAUGUUGAUGGAGGUCUACCACAUGGUCACGCUACGCAUCCAGCUGCAAAGCUUCUCCAAGCUGGAGGACCUGCCCUGUGAGCAGUGGAACCACGCCACGGUGAGGAACGCGCUCAAAGAGCUGCUGAAGGAGAUGAACCAGAGCACUCUGGCCAAAGAGUGUCCCCUGUCACAGAGCAUGAUUUCGUCCAUAGUGAACAGCUCCUACUACGCCAACGUCUCCACUGCCAAAUGCCAGGAGUUUGGCCGCUGGUACAAGAAGUACAAGAAAAUCAAAGUAGAUUAUCUGGAGAAGAUGUGGUCGGGACGAGAUGCUGCCGACAUCAAAAUAGAGCGAGACAACAUGGCCGACUUCUGUGUGCUGGGCCAGAGACCCCCUCCCCACCUGUCAGGCUUGGCCCAGCUCUCUCACCUGGGAGCCGGCAGCCCUCUCCUCAAGGCCGUAUCUGGAGAUCCACAGGCAGCGCCCCAGCCCCCCCAGCAGCCCCCGCCUCCCCAGCAACAGCCCUCGCCGCACGGCCCCCUCCACCACAGCCCUCCUCUCCGUACGGGCCAGGUGCCUCCGCCUCCCCCUCCGCCCCCGCCCGGUGCCCUGCAGCCCCUGCUGGGUCCAGGUGGCCUGCUCUCCCCUCAACUCUCCCCGCAGCUGGUUCGCCAACAGCUCGCCAUGGCCCACCUCAUCAACCAGCAGCUAGCUGUUAGCCGCCUGCUGGCACACCAGCACCCCCAGGCCCUCAACCAGCAGUUCCUCAACCAUCCGCCCAUCCCUCGGGGCUCAUCCAAAGCCGGGGGCGACCACACCGGGAGCAACCCCUCAGCUGCAGAGGUCUCCUCCGAAAUCUACCAGCAGGUCAGAGACGAGCUGAAGCGAGCUAGUGUCUCCCAGGCCGUGUUCGCCCGCGUGGCUUUCAACCGCACACAGGGUUUGCUGUCGGAGAUCCUGAGGAAGGAAGAGGACCCUCGCACAGCCUCACAGUCCCUGCUGGUGAAUCUCAAAGCCAUGCAGAACUUCCUGAACCUGCCAGAGAGCGAACGAGACCGAAUCUACCAGGAGGAGCGCGAGCGCACCAUGAACCCUUCAGUCGGCCUUCCUGCCUCCAACUCCUCCAACCCUGGAGCUCCACGCCUCUCACAGAAAGUGUGGGAGAGGAGCCUGGAUGAUCAGAUGACCCCUGACACCUGGGCCUCCAUCUGGAAGAACAAGACCAAAAUGUCCAACUCGCCCAAGCCGUCAGGCCCGGCCCCCGAGCUCCCGCUGAAGCUGGAGUCGCUGGUCAACAUCACGUCAGGCAUCUACGAUGAAAUCCAGCAGGAGAUGAAGAGAGCCAAGGUGUCCCAGGCGCUGUUUGCUAAGGUGGCCGCCAACAAGAGCCAGGGGUGGCUGUGUGAGCUGCUACGGUGGAAAGAGAACCCCAGCCCCGAGAACCGCACUCUGUGGGAGAACCUGUGCACCAUCCGGAGGUUCCUGACCCUGCCGCAGACCGACAGAGACCUGGCGUACGAGGAGGAGUCCAGACAUCAUCACACCGAGCGGCUGCACACCGUCCUCCACCUGCCCCAGGACCCACAGCUCUUCUGUCUUUCUCAUCAGGCACUUCACAGGCCACCCCCUGCUCCAGUAAAAGAGCACAGACUAUCUCCAAUGCGUGAGGAACCACUAUCUGCCCAAGGUAAUGAGGACGGGUCACAGAACAUGGCAGGAGGAGCUGCAGGUGGAUGUACACCGGGCCCAGUGGGAGGUACUGGCAGCAGCAAGAAGCCACGCUCGCGCACUAAGAUUUCCCUGGAGGCCUUGGGUAUCCUGCAGAGCUUCAUCCAGGACGUCGGCCUGUACCCAGACCAGGAGGCCAUCCACACCUUGUCUGCACAACUUGACCUGCCCAAACACACCAUCAUCAAGUUCUUCCAGAACCAGCGCUACCAUGUCAAGCACCACGGUCGCCUCAAGGAGCUGGGUGAGGGGGCUGCUGCCAGCGGAGGCGUGGACGUCAGCGAAUACAGAGAAGAAGAGUUGCUCUCAGGUUCCGAGGACCCAGAGUCCAGUGAGGACGGAGCUGAGGACAUCUACCAGUCCACAGAGGGAGGUGUCGGCAACACAGGGGGUCCUCCUGCCUCCUCCAGCUCCAAUUCCAGCCAGUCAUCUUUAUGCACCAACAUGGCUCCGGAGGAGGGCAAAGACAAAGGACAUGGGCGGUCCGGUGGUAGCAUGGCCUCUGGGAGCUCAUCAUCCAGUCCUAGAGAGCAGGCGGACUACCAGAGGUAGAGACUGGCACACAGGAGGGGACAGAGAAGGAAAGCAGGAAAAGAAAAGGCUCUGACAGAAAGACUUGACCAACUGGAAGCGGAUGAUUGGAAAACGAUUGCACACAAACUGUAUGAGACAUAAACGUUGUCACAGGCACAGAUUAACCAAGAAACCAUUCAGCUGAGAUGCUGUACGUCGCUGAAACAGCUAGACUCUGAAAUUACCUCAGAAACAGACAUUUGUUUGCAGGGCUCUGUGACACAGCAGCGGUCAUGCCACUGUGAAAGCCAGUUUUCAUUAGCAGAUAAACUAUUGCUGCUUAUGCCUCCAACCGACAAAAGAAGCAACAAACUCCACAGAACCAAGUGCAAGAGACUCGCCAUGGAGGCAGGAUUUCCCUUUGAACUGUGCGUCUGAGCACAGACAUCCACAGAAGCAUCCUUCUGAGAACUCCACAAUUCUAGAAAUCCUCAGGACCCUCUGACGUUGCUAUGAACUGCCUCAGAACGUGGACAGAUGCCAUUUUAUCGGAGUUUCAACUCGUUCAAAUCCUGCCCUCACUACACCAUCACCACAGUCACUACCAGUCCCACUUAGCACUUACUGUUCACUAACACGCCGCUCUCUUGUGGAUGUGAUUUAGCUUUGCUUCUCUUCUAUGUGUCCGUCCGUCCGUCCCGUGAGGCUAAAAACGGACUCACGAUACGAGCGCUGGCACAGGGGCCGGGCGGGUGAGGAUGUGGCCUGAAGGACCCGCGUCUCUGAACCUUCUGCACGUGUAGCAAGAAUAAAGACAGUCAAGAAAGGAAGGACAGAGUGGACACUCAGCAGCCAAACAAUCAGUCACUUUACUGUAUGUGCGGUGGUCCUCCCCUCCUUUCUCUCUAACUGGUGCCCACAGUCUUGUGUUUUACCACACCCACCCGCACUCCGAACGUCACCAACCCUAUUUAUUACUAUCUUUAUCCAUGAUUAUUAUUAUCAUUAUUGUUAUUAUUGCUGUUAUUGUGGUUAGGAUUGCUGUCGUCGUGUGCUAUUUUUAGUUCUUAUUUCCAUGCUUUUAAAAUAUUGGUUUUCAGAACCGGGCGGCUGUUUGGGUAACAAGUACGGAAAAGGAGGAAGAAAAGAAUCCAACCAAGAAGCAGUUACUGAGUUUUACUGGACAGAAAAAGGACCUGUCAUGUUGUUGUCACGACAGUUUUUUAGCCGUUUCCCCAAAAAUAUCCUAAACAACACCUGUCAAACAGAGAAGUGGUGUAAUGCUUUUCGCUGCAGUUGAUGACAAUCUACUUUUUGAGCCAUUAUUGAAAUGUGGCAGGUUUGACUCUGUUCUUCACAUUUAAUGUCUGUAAAUAAAAGGAUUAAUUGUUAUUGAUGCUGUUCUUUGUUAUUUUGCCAAGUGACUUUAAGUGUUUGAGCCAGUUUGAAGUGACUGAUCAGUGCUGUUUUACCUUCCCUUUGAGCAGCUCAGUGAAAUUAUUUCAUUUCAUCAUCACAGGAGUAUUUAAAACAAGGAAGCUGUUUUUGUUUGGUGCAGUAAUGUGAGUAGAACAGCAGGUUGUUUGACUCUUCUCAUCAGCUGCUAUGCUCCAACAGACGACCUACCGCUUAAUCGUUGCUCCAGUCGCUCUAUAUAAGAAUACUGUGUUUGUUCUGUACGACAGGAAUCAGGGUUUGACUCAAAUGCAGUUCCAAUGAAAUCUUAGUUCAUCCAGUGUCGAAGUGAAUUAAAAUUUGUGAAUUUCAAA